ACAGCCAAAUACACACGCCAUUGUGAAUUUUUGGACAUCAUGGCCCUCCGUCGUCUGAUUUCUUCUUCCUCCGCGUCCAUGCGGCCCACGCUGGCCGCCGCGGUGACCGUGCGCUCCGCCCCCGCUAUGAGGAUGUCUGGGAAGUCGUCUUUUGACGAUAAGGAGCACGCCAUGGAGGAUAUGUACAUCAGGCAAGCGGAGGAAAAGAUUUUGAAAAAGCUGCUCAAAAAGCUGAAGGAGGAAGAAAAGCCAGCCUGUGACACAACGGCCAAGAAAGAACUCGAGAAGAUCAUGGGCUCGGUCCCGGAAGAUCUGGCCAAGAAGCUCAUGGACUGGAAGAAGAGCAAGCACUGAGGCCUUGACGAGGGACGGGCCUAUGUCCCUGGGAGGCAUGCACCUGCCGGCCAUAUAGGCAUCCUCAGGGGGGGGGGCUGCCAGUGGGCGCUUGGUGGGAUGGUAGGUGUCUGAAGUAGCGGGUGGGAAAGCUCAGGAGGGUCAGGACUGGAAGUAAGGGAGCGGCCGGGGGAAAUGCAGGUGGGCGGGCGGAGGGAGCCGGUGGGGACAAGGGCGGUGUGAAAAAGAAGGGAAGAGGGAGAUGCCUGUAGAGUCCUCCGUAUCAUGUGGUCGCAAGGAAGGGGUUUGGAGAUCACGACGACACCCUACCUCCGAGGCGCGGGUGGUGCACAUGGUAGGAGUGUACCGGAGGGGAUCGCGGGGAGGGGGGGGGCAAAUGUGGAGAUGAAAAGGCAUGGGAGGCAGGAAGGGAGGGAGGGAAGGGAUGAAAUUGGAACAUCAGGAUGGAAAAGGUUCAAAAACGGAGUGCGAUGAAAGCGUCCUGGCGAAGAAUCGAACACAGGAGACUCAAA